GACAAAUACACGGACGAUGACACGUUCGGCUAGGGCGCACUGCGCAGCCGUCGAGCUACCCCAUUUGCCCCAGACGGUCCGAUCUCUCGUGUUGCGCGCAGCAAUAGCUUUCGCGGCCUGAUCAAUCACAGCGCGGACAAUACCCGCUCUAGGGCCCUGCUCCGCCAACACGACACGUUCUGCGGUGACCCGCGUCUUCUUGUGUGAUGUUUCGCGUUUACUCUUCGUUGCGUCUCCAGAUUCUAUCCCCCACCUGGCGGGGGCUCGCUACACACGCCUCUCAGCCUCACAUCGUAUCUACAGUAGUCCGACACGACUGGACGAAAGCCGAGAUCAAGAGAAUCUAUGAUGGGCCGCUGCUAGACCUUGUCUUCCGAGCCGCCGCUGUGCAUCGGCAGCACCACGAUCCAAAGAAGAUCCAACUAUGCACGCUUAUGAACAUCAAGACUGGUGGUUGCACUGAGGAUUGUUCCUACUGUUCACAGUCAUCGCGUCACCCUACAUCGACAAAGGCCUCACGCCUGGUCGAUAUCGAGCCCGUCUUGGAGGCUGCUCGGAAAGCCAAGGCCAACGGGAGCACGCGAUUCUGCAUGGGUGCUGCAUGGAGAGACCUUGCAGGCCGCAAGCGUGGCUUUGAACGAAUUCUUGAGAUGGUGCGCCAAGUGCGCGGUAUGGGCAUGGAAGUCUGCACGACCCUUGGCAUGCUGUCUCCUGAACAAGCCCGACAACUGAAGGAGGCAGGGUUGACGGCUUACAACCAUAACCUUGACACGUCGCGCGAGUUCUAUCCUGAGGUUAUCACAACGCGUUCUUACGAUGAGCGCCUGGAGACGAUCUCCGCCGUGCGUGAUGCAGGCAUAAGCGUCUGCUCGGGUGGCAUCUUAGGCCUCGGCGAGAGUGAUGGGGACCGUGUGGGGUUAAUUUGGGAAGUUUCAAGCAUGCCUGAGCACCCCGAAUCAUUCCCGGUAAACGCCCUUGUCCCAAUCAAAGGCACGCCGCUCGAGAACAACGAGCCUGUCCCUUACCAGAAUAUCCUUCGUACUAUUGCAACCGCUCGGAUUGUUCUUCCCCAAACUAUUAUUCGGUUAGCCGCGGGACGGCAGACUCUGGACGAUGCAAAGCAAGCGAUGUGUUUCAUGGCGGGAACCAACGCCAUCUUCACGGGAGAGCAGAUGCUCACCACUCCUUGCUCCCCGUGGGAUGAGGACAAGGCCAUGAUGGAACGCUGGGGACUGGAGGGUAUGCACAGCUUCGAGCAGGUGAAUGUGGCGCGGAAGGAGCGUAGUGCUCUGGAAUCGAGCCACGAACUGACGGAGCGUAGUCCUGUGCCCAAUGUGGGCGCAUGAGCACGUUGCUCAGAGUGAUGGCGAAGGA